AUGGAGACCAAGAUACUGGCCGUCGACGCCAGGAAGAUUGGUGUGAUCAAAGCAACGCCGAAUCCUAACGACAUUCUCGAUGGACUAGACCUCGAGCUCGAUACAACAACAGUCGAUGCACAGCACUUGCAGGAAGCCGCGGAGCAAUUGAAAAACUCGGACAUUCCCGUGGCAUUCCCUACGGAGACAGUAUACGGACUCGGAGCCGACGCAACGAGGAGUGCUGCCGUUCAAGGCAUCUACAAGGCUAAGCAGAGACCGUCCGACAAUCCGCUCAUCGUCCAUUUCGCAUCUCUCAAGCAGUUGCGAUCAUUACUACGAGGGAGCAAGACAUCACAUCAAGCGAAUGGCCUUCAUGACACAACAGAAGAUCCCAUUCCAGCGAUCUACAGACCCCUUAUAUCUCGAUUCUGGCCUGGACCAUUGACCAUUAUCCUGCCGAAUCCAGAGAACUCCCCACUCGCACCGGAAGUCACAGCUGGACUGUCGACCUUCGGCGCACGAAUGCCUAGACAUGUACUAGCUCUCGCCCUGAUACAAAUGGCUGGCGUGCCAGUCGCUGCACCUUCGGCAAACGCAUCGACUAAGCCAUCUCCCACGGCAGCAGAACAUGUUGCUUACGAUCUUGACGGCAGAAUCGAGACCAUCAUCGAUGGAGGGCCUUGUGAUGUUGGAGUUGAAAGCACAGUCGUGGACGGUCUGUCAUCUCCGCCCGUUAUACUUCGACCGGGGGGUCUGAGUCUGGACCAGAUCCGAACGUGUCCUGGCUGGGAAGACACGCAGAUCGCAUACAAGAACAAGGCGGAAGCGAAAAGUCAACCUCGAGCACCGGGCAUGAAGUAUCGGCAUUACUCCCCAAAAGCGGUAGUCAUUCUGUACGAAGCGGGGAGGAGUCCGCCAUCUUAUGAGGAGCUUGUGGAGCGGGUGGGGGCACAUGGCCGGCUUGGGAUCGUGAGGACGGAGUCUUGGUUGAGUCCCGAAGGAGCCACAGUUGAACUCCUGGACAUCAGUCUAGGUCGCAACACGGGCGACAUUGCGAGAGGACUGUUCUCUGCGCUGCGCGAUCUCGAUAGGCAGGAUGUCGAUGCGAUUUUCGUGGAAGGUAUCGACGAUAAUGAAGGCGACACUGCAGCGGCGAUCAUGAACCGUCUGAGGAAGGCGGCUGAAAUUCGUGUCGAGAGUUAA